UAGUACUCCUAGAGCUGGAUGGAAAGCUCGGUUUCUUAGCAAACAUUAUAUUCAAUUAAUAAGGAGGUGUUUUGGAAGUGAUUCUGGUUGGUUCUGCUUCUUUUUUAAAGCAGAAGCAGAAUUAGUUUUCAGAAUGUGUUCACUCCCAGCUUCUAAGAAAACCGAUUGUAGGAGUAAAUUCGAGCACCAUAUUCACUUUUGCAUUUUUCACUCAAACACUCUAACUUCUGCUUCUACUCCCUGAAAGAACAGAAAAAGUUUUAAAAAAGCAUUCUCUAAAUUUGGGUGGACCGAGUAACCUCUUACCCACGCCCUCUUCAUCUGCGAUCUAUAAAAGCCACCGAAUCCGUGUUGGUGGGCAAUCAAAUCCAUUACUAGUCUACUUUACAUUUCUAAUAAUCUCUAAUAAUAAUAAUAAUACGAAGUAGAAAAUUAAUACUAAUUACAAAGCAAAGAAUGGCGCAAAUGCAGGAAGAUCGGAUUAGUGCGCUGCCGGACGAGAUACUAACCAACAUACUUUCCAGAGUUCCGAUAACGGAAAGUUGCAGAACCGGGGUGCUGUCGAGGAGGUGGGAGAAUCUAUGGAAUCAUGUCAUCAACGUUUGUUUCUUCGGCGAUUACGAUGAUAUUGUGAGGAAGAACGUCGGACCGGAGAAUGGAUUCUUCGCCUUCGUCGACCACGUUCUGAACCGCUGCGACUCUAGCAAGAUCGACCGGUUCUGGAUUCAAUUCAAACUUCUGGAAGACCAGGAUAUAUCCGGGAUCAUAAACUGGAUACAGUUCGCCGUCGACCACAAAGCGGAUGACAUCGCCCUCAUGCAACAAGCGGCUUGGAACGAUAUAACUUUGCCGGAGAUUCUAGUGUCAUAUUUGCCCCUAAAGAAGCUGAAACUGAAGUUUUUCAAGCUCGGGAAAACUCAAGUCAUUAAUUGGCCUUGUCUGACGCGACUAACAUUGCGGACAGUGAAACUGAACGACGAGGAAGUAGAAAGACUGCUCGCAGGUUGUCCGGCCCUGGAAACACUAGAGCUUAGCCACUCCGGAUAUUUCCGGCAACUCAAAAUCAAGUCGGCAAGGCUGAAGACGCUGAUAUUGGAGAGCUGUAUCUCAAUGGAUCUGGAGUACAACUACAAUGCAUUGCUGGAUAUCCGCGCUCCUCAUCUUCAAAAUCUGGAGGUUUACGGCGAGGCCGAUUGCCGCCUUGUGGAUGUUUCCUCCUUGGUGGAUGCUACCUUCGACUGUGAGAUGAAACUUGACAAAAUUAAUGGCUUUCUUCGCGGCGCUUCUCACGCUCAGCGCCUUUCCUUUACCUCCUGGUUUAUGGAGGCAUUUUCACUUUUCGACUUCAAGAAAGUAGCGGCUUCAAAGUUCAAUUGCAAAGAACUGGUCCUACGUGGUGGCCUCAAGAGUUACAACAUAUCCGGAAUAGCAAGAUUCAUCCUUGCAUUACCUCUUUUGGAAACUUUGGACAUGUAUUUACGCUCUUCGCCGUUACUCGAUACUCCACAGAUAUUCACGGGUCAGGAGGAGUAUUACGAUUCCAAUUACCAUGUCUGUAAUCCCCCUGUAAAUAAUAUGAAAGAGUUACUCGAGGAGUCAUCCAUAUCUGAAGGCAAAGAGGGUUGUGUUUCCAAAUUUAAUGUGAACAGUGCUCGUUUGAACAAAAUGAAGGAGGUUAACUUUUACCACGGUUAUUGGUGUUGUUCCGAAGACGAUUUCAAAAACAAAAAUGAGCUUCCACAACUUGCAGAGUUUGUUUUGAGAAGAGCUACCAACUUAGAGAGGCUAUGUUUGGUAUCGAGGAAAGAAUGGAAUUGCAGAGAGUGCUCAAGGAAUUGCGUAGCACAAUUCUUCUCUGAAUUGGCCUCGAAGUUACAUCAAUGUCCAAAACUUUCUCCAAAUGCAGUCAUUCAUCUAUUUGAAUUCAAUUAUAAUUGAUUGAGUGAUUAGUUUAAUUUAUGUUUAUUAUUUGUGUAGUUUACAUGGGAUUGCUUUGGGAUCUUAUUUAAUUUGUAACUAUGUAGUUUCGUAAUUCACUUAAUGAAUAGUAUCAUGAACAUGUAGCUACCGGAAAUCGUAAAAGUAAAAAGAAGGAAAUUUUACAUGUCGAACUUUUUAUACAGUCCAAUAUGAUUAAUAAAGUUAUGUAUCUAAAUUAUGUCAUUUUUAUGCGCAUCUUGUUAAAGGCAC